AUGAAUCAGCGAAAAUAUGCUACUGAUCUCCUCCAUGAAUUUGGAAUGACAAAUGCCAAGCCUGCGACUACGCCAAUGAACUACACAAUUCCACUGUCCAAAUCUUCAGGCACCGUAUUAACUGACUUGACUCCUUACCGCAGGCUUGUUGGGAGGCUGCUGUACCUCACAAAUACAAGACCAGAUAUUUCAUUCGCCGUCAACAAGUUGAGCCAGUACUUGGACUGCGCUACAAUAGAUCAUUUCAAAGCAGCCUUGCACAUCUUAAGAUAUAUAAAGCGUGCACCAGCCAGUGGAAUAAAAUUCUCUACUGCCUCAUCAGAUUUGUCGCUCACAGGAUACUCAGAUUCCGACUGGGGGACAUGUCCAGACACAAGGAGAUCUGUAUCUGGAUUUUGUUUCUUUUUGGGUUCAUCUCUUGUGUCAUGGAAAAGUAGGAAACAAACUACAGUUGCGAGAUCAUCAGCAGAAGCGGAGUAUAGAGCUAUGGCUUUGGCAACAUGUGAGGGAAGGUGGCUUAGCUACAUACUUCGAGACUUUCAUACCCCACUGAGCAAACCGAUCACUCUUUACUGCGACAACCAGUCCGCAAUGCAUAUAGCCGCCAACCCUGUAUUUCACGAAAGAACGAAGCAUAUCGAGAUAGACUGUCAUACGGUGAGAGAUAGAGUACAAGAUGGUUCACUAAAGUUACUGCCAAUCCUCAGUGGAGAACAGAUAGCAGACGUGCUCACAAAGAGCUUAGCUCCAGGACCAUUUGCAUCAUUUUAUCGCAAGCUUGAAUUGGUUGAUAUAUGCACUCCAAGCUUGAGGGAGGCUGUUGGAUGA